AUGCCUCGCGUGGAGGACGAGAUGUUUCUACAGCAGGCCUGGAACCUCUGCAAAACAUAUUUAGCACACGUGUCGAGUCGAGGUCAGCAUACAAACUCGCCUUCCACUGACAAAGGAUCGAACGAGAAGAGCCUCCUACAAACCCUCCCACACCUCCCCCUGAUCAUCGACAACAAGCCCUACACCGCAGACACCACCACCAAAACCCACACUCACUACUCCGCCAACCUCUCCGCUGACUACUGCACCUACACCUCCGCCACCCCGACCUCCGCCCAAGCCGCCGCCGCCUCCUCCUUCAAGGCCUUCCAAACAUGGCGCAACACCACUCACAUCCAGCGCCGCAGCAUCCUCCAGAAGACCGCCGCUCUCCUCCGCGAGAACCAAGAAGAGUUCUCCCAGAUCUACGUCACCGAAACCAACUGCGCCCCACUCUGGGCCGCCCUCAACAUCCAAUGGUCUGCAGCUCACAUCGAGGAGAUGGCUGGACGGAUCACGUCCGUCAUGUCCGGUGAACUCCCUCUGCUGCAACAGGACCCCAACAUGGCGUUCGCCAUGGUGUAUAAGGUACCCAUCGGACCCGUGCUGAGUAUCCCGCCGUGGAAUGCCGCCGUGUACCUCGCCUGUCGGGCCAUUGAUACGCCACUGGCGGUUGGCUGCACGGUUGUGUUGAAGGCAAGCGAGCAAGCGCCAAGGACGCAGCACUACCUUGCUUCUCUCUUCCAUAAGGCAGGCCUGCCUCCGGGUGUGCUGAAUGUAGUGCAAGCCGCUCGCGAGGAUGGGGCGCGCGUCACGGAAGCGCUCAUCGCGCAUCCUGCGAUUCGGAAGGUGGAGUUCAUCGUGCUGAUGGAGCUGGGUGGGAAGUCUGCGCUGAUCGUGCUGGAGGACGCAGAUUUAGAGGCUGCUGCUCGAGCGGCGGUCACAGGUGGGUAUAUCCAUGGCGGGCAGGUUUGUUUUAGUACAGAGCGAGUGAUCGUGCGGCGCGAGGUUGAGGCUGAGUUCGUAGAGGUGUUGAAGAAGGUUGCGGCGGCCUGGGAGCCGAUGCCUGCUGUAGGGACCGCGGGUCCGCAGAGGACGGUGAAGUUGGUGAAGCAGGCUGUUGAUGCAGGCGCGGAGAUGGUGUACGGUGACGGAGGGUUGGUAGAUGACACGAAGACUCGGCCAGUCAUUCUGCGCAAUGUGCCCAACGAGGCGGAGAUUGCUGAUGAGGAGUCCUUUGGGCCGGUGUUGGCGCUGUAUACAGUCGACAGUGAUGAGGAGGCGGUGCGCGUGGCAAAUGAUACGCAGUAUGGUUUGGCUGGCGGAGUUUAUGGGAGGGAUGUGAUCAGGGCGAUGAGGGUCGCGAAGCAGCUGGAGGUUGGGCAGGCGCAUGUAAAUCAUGCUAUGGGGACGGGCCAGGAUGAGGCGACCAUACCCGUUGGCGUGACCAAAGCCAGCGGCUUCGGCAGAGGGCAGAAUGGCAAUUUUGGGCUGGAAGAGUUCCUUCCGUUGAGGACUGUCACGGUAUCCGAGAUUCAGCUUGCGCCGGCAGUAGGUGGUGAGGCCAAUGGUGAACAUGCCAGUGGCGGGCAUUGA